UUUCCUAUCGCGCAUGCCUCUGAUUUUCAUUCAUUUCGUGGAUUAGAUAAUGACAGACGACCGCGACAAGACGACUGGCAAAGAGCACAUCAAAAAGUUCAGCUUCCAAUCGCGAAAAAACGAACAAGAAAAGGUCGAAAUCCUUAUUCCCGAGUUACUUCAAGCAGGAUACUCUUUCUACACUUGGCCAUCGGCACACUUUCUCGCCUCAUUUUUGUACAACCAACGCGACUCCUUGCGCGACAAGAACAUUUUGGAACUCGGAUCCGGCACAGCACUUCCGGGAAUUUUGUGUGCCAAAUUGGGUGCUCGUGUCACUCUCAGCGACUGUUCGACACUACCAAAAACGCAAAAUCACAUCAAACAUUCGUGUUUUUUGAAUAAUUUGAACGUCGGCACGGAUAUUAACGUUGUCGGACUAACUUGGGGACUUUUGUCGCACAACCUUUUCCAACUUGGAGCUUUGGAUUUCAUCAUUAGCAGCGACUGCUUUUACGAUCCGACGGUUUUCGAAGACAUUCUCGUCACUGUGACUUUUUUGCUUGAACGAAAUCCGACGUGCAAAUUUAUUUUCGCCUAUCAAGAACGUUCCGCCGACUGGUGUUUGGAGAAUUUAUUGCGAAAGUGGGGACUCAAGUGUGCAAACAUCAAUACCGAUCGCUUGGGAGAAAAUACAAUUGUUGACACGCACGGAACCGGUGGAGUUGUAGGAGGAAGUAAUCCAUCUUUGCACUUAUUUGAAAUAACUCUCGAGUAAAAUGUCAGGAAUUCGAAGAAUGUUCAAACUGCAUGUCGCAAAUAUCCCGUGGACUGUCGGAAAUGCCGAGCUAAAGAUGUAUUUCUCGCAAUUUGGGCACGUGGAAUCAGCAAAAGUCAUUUUCGACAGAAAUGUAGGCA